CUACAGAAUUUUAGUUUAGAAACCGCACUUCCCGAGACGUCCCCCAUCCCAACAGGAACCUUCUCAUAAAAUCCUCCAGCUCAGCUCAGGGAUAUGCCCACUAUUGGGCCAAGGAGAUCAGCAGAUGGGGAAAGCGGGUUCUCUCAGGAGGGUGAGGAAUGCGGGUUUGUCCGCUGACGGGGAGUGGAAGGUCAGGGAGGCACCGUAGUUAAUCAAUCAAUAAACCAAACAGCCAUCACUCACUUUCUGUAGUCCCAGCCCGACGAGGGCUAAUCGAUUGGUCUGGGUAUUUUGAAAGGAAAAACGGUGGUGGAUAGGCUGUCAAACGGAGGGGUGCAGGAGGCGGGGCUGGGCCUCCAGGUGCCCCCUCUGGCUUCCUGGGCCUGCAGAGGGGCCGAAACGGGCAGGCGCCGGCAUCCAAGAGGCGCGGGGCGCGCCGGGCGAGUCCCUGCUUGCAGGAGGCGCCCGCGAGGCCUUGACGUCUCCUGGUGAGAGUAGCAGGUUCUCACCUCCCGACCCGGGGAAGGCCCCCGGGGCCCGCGGCGGGCGGGGCGGGGGCCGGGCGAGGUGCGCCUCCUAUUGGCCGCGUGGCGCCGCCCCGUGCCGGCCGCCCUUAUAAAGCAGCUGCCGGCGCCGGGAGCCGCAUUGCAAGCUACCCGCGCCGACCCCGCUCUGCUAGCGUCGCACGCCAGCCCGCGCCCACCAUGGCCACAGUUCAGCAGCUGGAAGGAAGAUGGCGCCUGGUGGACAGCAAAGGCUUUGAUGAAUACAUGAAGGAACUAGGAGUGGGAAUAGCUUUGAGAAAAAUGGGCGCAAUGGCCAAGCCAGACUGUAUCAUUACUUGUGAUGGCAAAAACCUCACCAUAAAAACUGAGAGCACUUUGAAAACAACACAGUUUUCUUGUACCCUGGGAGAGAAAUUUGAAGAAACCACAGCUGAUGGCAGAAAAACUCAGACUGUCUGCAACUUUACAGAUGGUGCAUUGGUUCAGCAUCAGGAGUGGGAUGGGAAGGAAAGCACAAUAACAAGAAAAUUGAAAGAUGGGAAAUUAGUGGUGGACUGUGUCAUAAACAAUGUCACCUGUACUCGGAUCUAUGAAAAAGUAGAAUAAAAAUUCUAUCAUCAGGUUGGACAGGAGUUGACUAUGAGAAUGAACAAGCUCAGUUCAAUGAGCAAAUCUUCAUACUAUUGUUUCUUUUUUUUUCUCAUUACUGUGUUCAGUUAUCUUUAUCAAAAACAUUUUACAUGGAGCUAUUUCAAAGUGUGUUGGAUUAAUUAGGAUCAUCCCAUUGGUUAACAAAUAAAUGUGUUUAUGCUAA